AUGACGACUAACCUCCCAUUUCAGAUUAUCUUGAAACUUAUACUCUCUAGCUUUGCAUCUCUCGUUGUUAUCACUCUCUUCUUCAUCUCAAGAACCGAUUUCCCACCGUCUUCGUUUCAGCUGUCGCCGGAAAACACUCUCCGGAUCUCCAACGGAACUAAAUCACCGAACCAAGAAACCGUGAAUUGCGGUAAGAUCCCUCCUGCGCUCGCCGACGCUCUCAUUCAUUACGCCGCCUCCAAUGUCACUCCCCAGCAAACACUCUCUGAAAUCUCCGUCACCAAGAAGGUGUUAGAGAAGAAAUCGCCGUGCAAUUUCUUGGUAUUUGGUUUGGGCCACGACAGCUUAAUGUGGGCUUCUCUAAACCAUGGAGGAAGAACAAUCUUCUUAGAUGAGGACGAGUCAUGGAUCCACCAAAUCGCUGAGAAAUUCCCAUCUUUGGAAUCGUACCACGUACGGUACGAGACCAAAGUGAGAGAUGCGGCGGCUCUGAUGGCGGAAGCGAGAGACAAAGAGCAUUGUCGUCGCGUGUCGACGGAUCUUAGAGUUUCUAAGUGCGUGCUUGCAUUGAAGGGCUUACCGGAAGUGGUUUACGAGGCGGAGUGGGAUUUAAUCAUGGUGGAUGCUCCUACUGGGUUUCAUGAAGAAGCCCCGGGGCGAAUGGCGGCGAUUUACACGGCGGGGAUGAUCGCAAGGAGGCGGAAGAAAGGAGAUAUGACGGCAGUUUUCGUGCAUGAUGUUGAUAGGAAGGUGGAAGAUGAGUUCUCAAUGGCCUUUCUGUGCAGGGAUUACAUGACGGAGCAACAAGGAAGGCUCCGCCAUUUCACGGUGCCUAGUCACCGGAACUAUGGUGUAUCCGGCGGUAAGUUAUGUCCCUAA